UUUUGUUUUAUUUAUAGUGAUGAAAUCAAUUUCAUCCGUAAGAAGAGUGCUGUUAUGUCGGGCAUUGCUGCUCUGGAGUACAUUUCAACACCAACGGCGACCCUGGUGACUGUCAUCACUCUUGUACUAACUGGUCAAUCCUUGACACCAGUUAACGUCUUUAUGUUACUCUCCUUUUUCAAUCUGUUGAGGCUGGGCGUCUGUAUGAACUUUUCCUACGCCUCCAUCCAAACCUACGACGCUUAUGUCUCACUGACCAGAAUACAGGAAUUUCUUCUUUUGAAGAACCUCAAUUCAACUAACACCGCCAUAAAUCAUCGAGGAGGAAGAGAAGACAUGUUUUCACCUGGAAUCUCAACAGAAAAUCAGGAAGCAACUAUCUUACGGGUAAGAAAUUUCAAUCAGCAUCAAUUACAAAAUGAUUCGAAAGAUGAAUCCUUUCCGCGAGAUAUUGAUUUUACCGCUAAAAAGGGAAGUUUGAUAGUCAUAACUGGAUCAGUGGGCAGUGGCAAAUCUACUCUUCUGUCAGCAGUUGCUGGUGAGAUACCAGACCAGAACUGGGCCGUAACCUACAAUGGAACUGUUGUUUAUGUGCCACAGAUUGCUUGGAUAUUCUCUGGAACUAUUAGAGAAAACAUUUUGUUUGGCGAACAGUACGAAGAAUGGAAGUACAACAGAGUCAUUGAAGCAUGUGCGCUGACUGAAGACAUCGAGAAAUUUCCAGACCGUGACCAAACGAUCGUUGGAGAGCGUGGCGUGGUGCUUAGUGGUGGCCAGCGGGCAAGAGUAAGCUUAGCACGGGCAGUCUACGUCGAGGCAGACGUUUAUUUGCUGGAUGAUCCUUUUAGUGCUUUGGACUUGAAAGUUACUCAGCACAUCUUUAGGGAAUGCAUCAAAGGCUUACUUGGGCAGAAGACCAGAUUGCUAACAACUCAUCAUGAACGUGUCAUACGAGAAGCCGACGACAUAAUUGUAUUGUGCAAAGGCCGGAUAUUGGGUAAGGGAAGUUUAACUGAGCUAAAAGAAAACGGCAAGCUGAAUACUACUGUAGAUUCGCUGUAUGAGAAAGCCAACGAAGCGGAUGGUCGCGUUGGUAAAGAAAAUGAAGACGACGAUCAGAUUACUGACUUGAGUGGAGGAAGUGUACCCCAUGAAGUACAGGGUCUCAGCUUAUCAGAAGAAGAUCGCGCCAUCGGGGCGGUUUCAUCAUACCUCUACUGGAAUUACUUUACAAGCGGAGUACCUUCGCUGGUAAUCAUUGCGGGGAUUUGCUUGUGUGUUAUCAGUCAAGGUAAGGUCUUACGAUAAUAGGAAUUUAACCUUACCUUCAUGGUACAAAAAUAUAGCCUUUCAAGUAAAGGGUGUAAAGCUCAAAACUCCUUCAGGGUAAACCUAUGAUAAGUUGGGUGACUCUGAAUGGAACAAAAUCUGUAUUAUCCCCUCGUCUGUGGUUAGCUGUUAAUCGGCUCCCUUAGUAACCAUGCUCCAGCGAUGUAGAUUACUGUUUUGUGUGAUGUACGUUAGUUGAUCCUGUUGAUCUUAUAAUCAUCUUCUUCAACUGCAUACCGUUGAAUCCCACACUUAGCUUUCCUUCUAACUUUGGCUUCCUAUAAUCAAAAAUGAUGUCACCCUCGUACUCCUGCUGUAAGAUCCUGUACCUAGUGUAAACGACACUUUUUUCGCCUCACCUAACAUGAAAGAACACUACUAACACUUCAAACGAAGAAAUAACUAAGAUAAUGGAAUCGGGAACGCCAAGCUUGCCAGUCACGCCAUUGCCUACGAUCGAGGAAACGAGUUUUUGAAUGCGCUCAUUCCAGACAGUCAACCCAAAAAGUGAAGGCGUAAGAAAGACCGCAUCAAAUGUUAAUAUUUCUGCUCCGGCAAAUUUCGAUCGCAGUACAGACGAUUAAAACCACUGGAUAAAGCGUUACGAAGUAGGCAACAACGAAACUAGAUAAGUUGUCAGAUGAAGUGCGCAUUAAUAGCGAAGCUUUUGCGAGCAACUGAGCCUCCAUUGCUUUAGAAACUGGAAAACUAUCAAUGCGAGAAAAUGUUACUAUGACGUCAACUUUCACCCAUACGUACACCAGUAUAGACUCUCGGGGAGAGGGAGGGAGACUGCCAGGGACGCGAGGGGAGCCCCAGACAUGCAGCCUGCGUUUGUUUUGGUGGAAAGAGACAGAGACGACCAAUGGAGUUGCUCCAGUAAAAAUCUUGAUCGGGGGGGGGAGGGUGUCUCCGAGGAAAUCUGUGGUACAGUCCGCCUGCCAAUAUGACGUCACGUCUCGCGUUAGAAACUUUCAAAAUGGUGAGCAAAAUUGUCACCGAAGAGACGGAUAAAAAUUUCGAUUUUAUCACGGAAAUACUAUUCCGAUAUCUUGGAUUUGGAGAUUUUAAGGUUUCUAUUGUCAUAGAAAACUAGACUUAAGUACUGUUUUGGAAUGAAAUGUCCAGUGGUGUACUGAAUUUUAAAGAUUCCUUUCUAUCGUCGAGCAAAUUUUACGGGCAAUUAUACCGACCGGUCACACUUUUGAGGGCCAGUACACAGCAAGAUUGAGGAGUUUAGACACAGCAAUGGUAGGUUCAUCAAAGGAUGUAUUAUGCUUUGCAUUGUGCGUAUUUUCAGCUCUUCAGAGCUAGUGGAACCCCAUAUCAUACCUCUCAAAGUUCGCUUAGCUGUAACGUUGAAGAGGAAGCUAUUAAAUGACAGGUAUUUGUGAGAGACUGUGAGCAUUGAAUCUUGUUGCUUUACCGCAUUUUAAUACUGUAUUGGGCAUACACCUUUAAUUGUGUAAUUUAAUCCCGAAAACCAAUAAAACGUUUCCUUAAAUUAUUUUUGGGGGGGCAAANGGGUGUCUCCGAGGAAAUCUGUGGUACAAUCCGCCUGCCAAUAUGACGUCACGUCUCGCGUUAGAAACUUUCAAAAUGGUGAGCAAAAUUUUCACCGAAGAGACGGAUAAAAAUUUCGAUUUUAUCACGGAAAUACUAUUCCGAUAUCUUGGAUUUGGAGAUUUUAAGGUUUCUAUUGUCAUAGAAAACUAGACUUAAGUACUGUUUUGGAAUGAAAUGUCCAGUGGUGUACUGAAUUUUAAAGAUUCCUUUCUAUCGUCGAGCAAAUUUACGGGCAAUUAUACCGACCGGUCACACUUUUGAGGGCCAGUACACAGCAAGAUUGGUAGGUGGUAGGUUCAUCAAAGGAUGUAUUAUGCUUUGCAUUGUGCGUAUUUUCAGCUCUUCAGAGCUAGUGGAACCCCAUAUCAUACCUCUCAAAGUUCGCUUAGCUGUAACGUUGAAGAGGAAGCUAUUAAAUGACAGGUAUUUGUGAGAGACUGUGAGCAUUGAAUCUUGUUGCUUUACCGCAUUUUAAUACUGUAUUGGGCAUACACCUUUAAUUGUGUAAUUUAAUCCCGAAAACCAAUAAAACGUUUCCUUAAAUUAUUUUUGGGGGGGCAAACCAAGCGGAGAUUAAUAAUAUUGAUGAUUAAGACUAAUGUACCAAAGGCAAGUUUAACUUUCGCCAGUGGGUCACGGGUGAGUGUUGGGUGUAUGUUAGUACAGUACAGUGUGUGGUUGGCAUGAUGUCAACUAACAUUGAAACAUCAAUUCAAAUAUACAUUUGAGGAAAAUUAGCUCAAGCGCGUAUUUCAAAGUUAUUUCGCAUUAUCUCGGGUUCAACGGGCCGACUCGAUGUAGAUAUUGAUCGAACUUGGUGGAGAAUUAGGAGAUCAACAGAGGCCCACACUCGAAAGGAAUGAUAUGAAGUUAGGCCCGUUUAAUUAGCAAAAAAAUAGAUGAAAGAUAAACAUGUGUGAUCUGUAAAUGGAACCUCCCAUUCUGGAGACUAGACCUUGCCUAUUUUAGAGAAAAAAAGAUUUAAGUUUUGAUGACCUUGCUGGUUCCGUGAAAUAGAUGGAGAUCCUGCAAUACGGCCCGCAAAACAAAUUGACACAAUUAUACAAUCACAGACACAAACUAUCAAAACGGUUUACAAAACUAUGGCAAACCAAUUGCAGCAAUAUUCAAUUCGUUUAAUUUUUUAAGUAGUUUUGUAUUCUGUGUUUAACUAUGCGUUUAAUAUUCAACUUCGCAUUCAACAUUCAACUAUUCAUUUUAUAUUCAAUUCCUUACUCACCCAUUCAAUUGUCUAUUCAACAAUUUAAACCAUUUAUUCAACAUUCAACUUUAAUUUUUAAAACAUUCAACUAUUCAUUCAACUCUUUUGAGCCCUCACUACUUCUGGUCAGUGACACAGAUCAUUGCUUGUUAAAAACAUGACGGCGGCGGCUAGAAUGUCGGCUACGGAAAUAGAAGCUUAUGAAGAUGACACAAGGUACCUCUGCGAUGUGGAGUCUGACUUUCCGAGGUUUCUUGACUCGGUUCUUCGAAGAACUGACCAGAUUUCCCAGACGAAAGUAGAUGAAGAAAUUGUGGAGCAGCAUAUUGUCGCUGUCGAUCAAACGGUGCGUUUCCUUCUUAUACCCAGGUAUACCCAGAGACAGCAGUUCGAGUAUUAACGCCUAUGACAAAGAAACCUUAGAUAAUCUCUCAUCAGCGUUAAGUGAUGUCUUAUCAGCCCUGCAGCAAUGUUUAGCCAGAGCAGCCGUGUCUCCCACCACAAUUGUAUAUGACCCAGAGGGCCCCCCUCCUUCAGAAGAAGAUAACAACGUUGUUGUCGAACUAAUUUCUUUAGAUAAAAGGCUUUCAAUAGAGUGCUAUGUGAUGGAUGUUGUUGACCCUCUAACACAGUCCACUCAACUGGGUAUCGAUCUUUAUAUUCAAGCUGGCGAGGGAUAGAAUGGAAUGAUAGAUCUCCCUGGAACAGAAAAAUACUUCAAGAAUUCAGAAGAAUUGUGAAAAGACCUCACCAGGUCUAGGGCUUGAAUAUAAAGAUCGAUACCCAAUUGAGUGGAUUGUGUUAGAGGGUAAAAACGUGCUUAACAUCUUAAAAAUAAAUGGGGCUUUGGAUUGAAUGUAUUUUUAAUUUUUACCUUCUUGUGCUCUUUCAAAUGCCCCCACCAAAUGUAAUAUAACUGAAGCUGCUGUCAAGAUUCUUCUGUCAUUCAAAGCUGGUUUCAUUUUUUGUUUAUUUUUGUGGUUGAGGAAAGCCUCGAAUAUUUUACAGUCAACGGGAUUCAUCGAUGACUGCGGUUUUUGAAAUUUCAUGAAGGCUUACAGCAAAGUACAAGAAAAGUCUUGGGCAUUUCUGGCCUCGCAUACUGAUUUCAGGAGCUGCAUCUCAUUUGAGCUAAAGUAUUUUUUUUGUCUGGUUUUUCUAUGAAAUUGUGAUGUCGGGAGUAAUUAUCUCCUUUCACUCAUAAUGAUGCAUGUUUGGCCUUCUAUCAAUCAGAUUUGAAAUAUACUGGCUUAUAAAUAAACAACAUGUUUUCCUGUUGCAAAUGAAAAGAACAAGUUUUAGAGAAUGCACAGUUACCGUAUUGGUUGUAAAAGGAAAGCUUUAAGCAAAAGUCUUUCUUCAGGGUAUCAUCCAGUAUUCGCAAAUCCAAACGCAAAGCUGGUUGAAAACACAAACAAAUUAAGAAAAACAAGGUUUCAACAGGGUUUUUUAGAAACAGCUUUGCUGUGCAGACACAGGAAUAUGUCUAACAGCAUGAAUCUUUGACCCUUUCCUUCCUGAUGUUCUAUUUAGUGAUGCUGGUUUCUUGCGAUGUGUGGCUGUCGCUUUUGACAAGGAAGUAUCCCGAGGAUCAAAAGAGUGAGACAAACCUUAUCAUCUACGCUUCUUUUGUCGGGGCAUCUUUCAUAUUUCUCAUCAUUCGGGCUUUUGGCUUCUUUAUGGCAUCAUUGCGAUGUUCUGAGCGACUUCAUGAUAAAAUGGUGGCUGCUGUUCUGCAAGCACCAGUCGUUUUCUUCGAUUUAAAUUCAGUGGGAAGAAUUAUGAAUCGGUUCUCUAAAGAUAUUGGCUGCAUGGAUGAAGUACUACCCAAAAAGUUUCUGAGAGCGGUACAGAGGACCUUGUUGAUGUUCACCUCGAUUCUUCUGCCAACCGUCAUAAACCCUUGGCUUCUGUUUGUUGUUGUGCCAAUAGCCAUAAUAGCGGGACUGAUCUCCAGAUAUUACUUAAAGACAUCUAGGGAACUACAAAGGUUGGAAUCAGUUAGUCGCAGUCCCGUCUUUUCUCACUUUUCUGAGACUCUGGAUGGACUGGACACAAUUCGAACUAGAAAAAAGGAAGAAGAUUUCUUGGAUGAGUUUUGCAGGUAUUAUUUAUUUGUUCAUUAUUUGUUGAAUAGUCUUAUUUUGUAAUCUGAAUAGCUGAAGACUGAAAUAAAAACCUGGAUGAAUAUUAGGCACUGAAAAUAGAAUAAAACGUAUUCAAUUAUGUAGGAAAGCAGCCUCUCACUCAGACGUUCUUUUGGCUCGUCACGCAAUCCUUCCCAACGAACGUUCGUGGGGCAGGAAAGCGUGAGAAACCUCUAAGAACGUCUGUGUGGGAGGCUGGUAGGAAAGCCAACUGGUUCAAAAAAUUAUUUCCGAUAAAGCGUUUCCUAUGGGAUUGAUGUCUAUACUAUAUUAACAAGUAGCGAGGUGGCACCAGCGAGAAAAACAUGGAAAAGGGCAUAAACAUAGUAAAGCCGCCUUGAGACGUUCACGCGGGAUACGUUGGUGUAUGUAAAGACUAUUUGAAUGAAGUUGGACAGUUGAGUACAUGGGUUGGAAUUUCCAGACACGGAUGCAACUGAAGUGCAAUGUUGUCUUAAAUGAGCCACACAGGUUCUCGAACUAAUAUCAUAUCUGUCUGAAUAGCACAGUUUUCUUAUUAUAGGUACAGCUCAAAUAUUUUUUGAAAGAAAAAAAACUCAUAACGGUCAAUACAGUUUAAAAGAGUUCUUGAAAAUGGCAAAUUUAUUUAAAGUUCACUUAAAAAAAUGAACAAGCACUGAGAAUAAAACUUUGAAUGAAUUUUGAUGAAAAAAAAAGAGUAACGGAAUUCAAUUUACAGUAGUUUAUAGCGGAGCCCCAUCCGAGAAAAUUUGGUAAUCACGUGACCGUACACCGAGCGAGCGAGCGACCGUCCGUCUGCAAAACAUGCAUACCAAUGUAAAAUAACUCAAUCAACAGGUAUGGCAACCCAAAUGCAAUCCAAGGUUUUAUUUGGAAGGAAAUCACAUGGCCGCCCGGACUUUUAGAAAGAAAAAACAACAACAAAGUCGUGUCUUUUUCGGCAUUAUUUUUUAUGUUUACACUGACGUAGACAACAGAGAAAGAGCUAGAGCGAGUUAUUAAAAACAAACGAGACGAAUUUCAUAGGAAAAAAAACUUGGAAACUCAAAGCGCCGGUGACAAAAUGAGAAAUGCUAGCGGCCAGCAAGGUGAAAAUGAACGGCAGUGAAAAAUAAAAGCGUCCAUGUACACAGGAAACAAAAUAUUGGGUAAGCACAUACGACAAUUCCUCCUUUAAAAUAAUGUGUAUUAAACUAGGACGUUUGACGUUUUAGUCGUACAAAACAGCGUUGUAAUCGUGCAAAACAACGGCAAGGGAAAGACAAAAAACGUGCUGCACGUGCAAAUUUGUUUUUUGCCAGUUAGAAGAAAAAGUGUGCUGCACGUGCAAUUUGUUUUUUUGCUAAUUAGAUCAAUUAGUCUUGAAGCCAUUUUCAUUGUCGUCCCCGUUUAGCAUUACACGAUUUCAUUUUUUUUUGUUUACAUGUAUUACUAACCAGAGCUUCGCUUUUAGCCCUGGCUAAAUCUAUACAUUAUCAAUAAAAUUUAUGAAACUAAGAAGCACCGAAUCAGGAAGUUUUAAAAGCUUUUACACCGGCAAUACGGGUUGAUACUCUUAACCGGCCCUCAAUUUAACGAACAUAGACAACAGAUAUACUAAGAUGAUCGUUUAAAGUAGUUUUAACUCUGUAAUCGAGUCAUAGACCUACACUUGCCACAACUCUAUUUCAAUGCCUUGGAGGACAUAGAGGAGCACUCUUGCAAAUUGCUGUAUUAACCCUCGUGGUGUGCUAUUUAGCGAUUUCUUAAUGUUAUUUUUUCCUUACCUAGUAAUAUUUAGCCCAGUUUUUUCAAAACAUAGUCGGUAGUGCGCAUUUUAUAUCUAGUCCGUGUUUUAUACGCAGUCCGAAGUCCGUAGUCCGCAGUCCGUAAUGCACAGUCAAAGUCCUCCUCUUCUCUACCGCAUGACCGUACUGAAAUCAGUUUGUGAAUUCAUCGUUGCGGAGUGAAAAUUGCUUCAAUGUUUAUUGCAUAUUUAAAUAGUAUUUCGCAACGAGUCGUCUCUUCCUUCGGUAAGUUUACAAGUGAGCUCACUAGUUCCAUUAUAAAUGAACUCGUUGGUCAGUUUGAUUUGUUAUGGUGAACCUGUCGAUUCGACAACUGUGAACUCGUUGCUUAGGUUAAAAAAUAAAUCCGGUGCAGCUAUUUAUGGCUUAAAACACAAUUUCAAAACAAAGUAACAUAAAAAAAACAAUUAUCCAGUCAAAAUUACUCACACCGGCUUCCUAUUCUAUCGAUUUGCCCCGGGCGAUUUGCACUUUGCCUUUCUAGAAUCUACGCAGUAUCUUUAGUUUGUGUUCGACCCAACCUAAGUUGUAUGUGAUUUGAAGUUUCAGCUGAUAAAAUCGCACAAUUUUUCGGAACGGGCACGGGAUACGGGAAAGUUAAAAAACAUGCCAAUUUGUGACUACGAUGAAAACGAAAUUCGACCGAAUUUUAGACGCUGGCUGACUACGUCAUCCCGCGUAACAAGUGGCUCAGGUAGCCUACUCGAUCGGUAUUGGGAGUUAGGUGCCAAAAGUGGAGUGAUCUGAGACUAAGAUAUAACGAGUCUUCUUUCAUGUACAAUGAAAUCCCCGAAUGACUUGACAUUCUUGGAUCCUGUUAGAGUAAAACUUAGGCUACUGGAUCCGAUAUGAUAUUAUCCUGUCAUGACGGCCGAUCCCUGCCAUCUCCGGCUUUGUCGGAAUUUUGUUAUAUCGGGAUUUAUCCGUACUUUUAUUCAAUUACAACCCCGUUGGUACGGCAAGAUGUUUUGAAAAGUAAGUUGUUUCUUGUAUAAGAAGGUAUUUUCGAGGCUUUUACCCAUUAGUCCUCUAUGUACGUCUGCAACGUUCACAACAAAUUCGGCUCCAAGACUCUGCCUAAGAUACAAAAGAUUGCUCUCAAUAAGUUGGAACAACUGACAGCCAGCGAGUAACGUACUGGCAAAGUUUAGGCCUCAUCGACUGUUGAAAUGCUGGAUAGAAAAUGUUACAUUGCAUAAGAUCCGAGAAAGAUACAACUUUAAUAGCUACAUCGUGCUUUUUAUUCUUUCUAGGUAUCAAGAUAUUCAUACUCAGGCAUACAUUAUGGUUUUUGCCACUCAACGUUGGCUUGGUGUACGCUUGGAUUGUCUCUCUGCUGUUUUGACGGGUGCAGCGGCUCUUGCGGCAGUUUUUGUGUCCCAAGAUGCUGGUAAAUGUAUAUAGUUGUAAAUGUUAUCAGAAAUGUAAAAUAAUAAUUAAAUGUUAAUACGUUUUAGGACACCUGCGUAAUUUAAAACGACUGACGCUUCUUGAACGAAUGGUUAGGUUGCCAAGUUAUAUUUACUUUCGUUGGGGCAGCUACAAGAUGAGGUGAGGUGAGACAAUAUGAAUUUUGUUCCAGUUUGUAAAAGCAACCAAAUUCUCAAGUUCUCGGACGUGCUGGAGCGCCAGGGAGACCUUCGGCAAUAAUAAUAACAGGUCAAAUUUCUCCAAUCUUGAUAAUUUGAAAGAAGAUUUUUACUUUCCUUACAUGACAUAAUGUCCAAAAAACUAAAAAAUAAUUGUAUUUUGUAUUUUACGAACCAUGGCUUAUUAUCCGUGUUUCCCUUCGUUUUUGUUUCAGUUUUUGCAGGCCUUGGAUUGGUUUACGUUGUCCAAAGCGUGUCGAUGACUCAAUCCGCAUUUAGAAAAUCAGUCGUGGUCGAAACUCUGAUGACAUCAGUUGAGCGAGUAAUGACGUACACCGAACUUGAAUCUGAACCUGGAUACAAAGUGGAACAAAAUCCCCCGAUAAACUGGCCAAAUGAGGGAAAUAUUGUAUUUAAAGACGUAUCCUUGAGGUACUAUCCGGGUGGUCCUCAAAGUUUAAAGAAUAUUACACUUAAAAUCAAUGGAGGAGCUAAGAUCGGAAUUGCAGGCCGAACGGGUGCAGGAAAAUCUUCUUUCGUGGCGGCACUAAUGCGCAUGCCUGAAGCCGACGGAGAUAUCUUGAUUGACAAUGUUAAUAUAAGUAGCAUCAACCUCCAAGAAUCUCGACGGGGAAUAACCGUUCUCGGUCAAAAUCCUGCCCUUUUUAGUGGAUCGUUGAGGCAAAAUCUUGAUGUGAUGGAGCAGUUUCAAGACACGGAACUAUGGAGUGCUUUGGAAGAGGUGCAGCUGAAAAGUCUUGUAGAAAAUUUGAAAGGUCAGUUAGAUCAUGAAUUAUUGGAGAACGGUGCAAAUUUAAGUGUUGGAGAAGGGCAACUUAUCUGCUUGGCUAGGGUGUUUUUGCACCAAAAGAAAAUCAUCAUUUUGGAUGAGCCCACAGCACAUGUGGAUCCAGAAACAGAGCAAAAAAUCUGGAACAUAGUGCGCGAGAAAUUGAAAAACUCCACCGUUAUCACUGUUGCACAUCGUUUGAACACAAUACGAGACCAUGACAAGAUUUUAGUUUUAAGGAAUGGGCAGGUCGAUGGGUUUGAUAGCUUUGAUGUAGUAAUGAAGAAUAGAAAUGGAGGCUCAAUUUCCGAUUGA